AGCCGCAGUAAGCGUAAAAUAAUUGUCGCUGCAGUGGGCAUAAUGUUUCAGCAAAAGAGAGUGUGACGUAGAGCAAUGCAGAAAGCAAGGAGACGAAAAAUUUAAAAUCAUCGUCAAUGGGAUAACUAUGCUUUAUGUCAGCAUUUUAGUUACUGAUAGAAAACCAGUGUUAGCGUGUCGAUAAAGAGUGCUCGAGUACUGACUUUGGGAGGGAUUUUUGAUUUCGGCUUCCUGAUUCAGAAACAACAUAAUAAAUACAGGAGUUGAGACGGACGAUAGAGAAACUCAACUAAUUUAUUAUCGCGCGUUCGAGAAGAAAUGUAAAUAACGACCGAAACGUUUAGUGAACACGCAUCGCAUCUACCUUUCUAUUGUCAAGCUUUUUUUUUUUUUUUUUUUGUUUUUUUUUUUUGCUGCGUUUGCACAUUUUGCGGCUCAAAACCGUAUCAGAUGGAUUCCAAAUCAAUGUCGGACGGGGCUCCCUCGUCCCUUGGAUAAAAGUGCCCGUCGGCCGCUGGCGUUGUCAGUCGGGAGGGGCGUCUCUGAAUUCGAGGUCCUGCAUGCCAGCUCCACUGUACGCACAUCUCGAUUCAGUGGAAACACUUUUUAAUGAGCUUCCCUAUAUGUUUUAUCUCGGCCUGUUUUUUGUAAACGUGCUCAUACUCUACUAUGCUUUCUUGAUGGAGUAUAUAGUCCUCAACGUUGGCAUUGUCUUCUUGCCCGAGGAUAUGGACCAAGCACUGGUGGAUUUAGGAGUGCUUUCCGACCCAGCUUCUGUUCCGUACGACACAGAAGGUGAAAUGGACGUCUUUGAGGGGUACUUUGACUAAAGCAACGACCUCAACCAAAAUUGUAGAUGUGAGUGAGAUGAGCAGCGACAGUUAGACCCAAGCACCUGGGUGAACAUGGGAAUAGAACGUCAGAUGAGAUCGAAGGUAGUAUUUGGAUAUCCCAGUGGACCGACAAAGUGCACCCAGACUCUUUGGGCAGGAGUGAGUGGGAGACAACUCUACCCAGUAUGGAGACAACACGAUUGCUAUUUUCAAACUCAUGGAGGUUAAUUUCAAGUUCUUUCCUUUUUGGAAAUGCCUACCUUGGACACAAAGUAGUUUGUGUUUUCAGUUUCACAAAACAGUAUAUGCAGCAGGACCCUUGGAUCAAUGCUUUUGAAGAGAGCAACCGUUUUGUCACCUACGUUGGACAAACAGCCAUGGACGUGAGCAUGUGGCCACACCAGUAUAUCUAGACGAAUGAGAAGGUGCCCCAGAAUUUACAAUGUAGUUCCAAAAAGCUAAUCUGCAAUAAGCUAAAUGUUGACUUGACUUAUCUGAAUCCUCAAAGUGGCCACCAGCAGCAUCAGAACAUUUCAGACUAAGUGCAACCAAAAGUAAAUUCUGGGACACCCAGCAAAGAGAGCAUAAUAAAUGAGUUCUGUUUCAGCAUAGCCUGUUUAGAUGCUGAGAAGCUCUUCUUUUUACCAGCAAUAGUUGGCUUCAUAUUGUAUUGCCAACAUCACUGUGAGUGUGUCACUUUCAUUUUAUGUUGGUUAUAUUCUUGUUCAAAGCACUUAAAAAUCUGCAGCUGCAUACCCAGCUUGUUCCAGUCAUUCUUGAUUAUGUAUGCGCAUCUUGUACACAGCAGAAUUUCAUCUUAGCAUGAGUACUUGGCCAACUUCUUACACUAAAAUCCCCUAAUUUUUUUCCAAUAAAUUAAGGAAUGAUAUAAA